AUGGCUGAGAAGCAUGCCAAGUCAAGCUGCAAGAACCCCACUUUUUGUCAAUGCUGCUUGAAUGAAAAAGGCCAGUUUCCUAUGCUUGAUGUCCUUUGCCAUGAAUUGCAGCAUCUGUGGUCUUCAGAUGAGCAAGAUGCUGUGAGCCUCUGUCCUAAUAGCUGUUGGUAUAAUAAUGCUUUGGCUAAGACAUAUGUAGGGAGGCAGGGUAAGACCAUUGAUCAAUGUGGUGGUGGCCACUAUGUGUUUAAAAUUCACGGAGAAUUUUGCCAUUGCAUUGGCUCUCUCUUACCUUUGGACACCUCAGAUGCAUCAUUUGCCCAGCUAUACCAUCAUAACUUUCUUGUUGGUGUCUAUGUACAGGCAAAAGAGUUGGCUGAUUCUUUGUCUGCUGAUGCUGAUGUUUCUAUCAACAUUUGCUUUCAAAAACAGUCUAAUAAACAACACAACAGUCUACCUACCUCUAAUGAGCUUGCUGUUAUUCUGCCUGGUGAUGGUGAACAGUAUGUUGGACUACAUAAUAUCAUGGUCCAUAGAUGGGGUGGAAGACUCAUGCACAUCAAUGAGUAA